AUCUUUAGCUCCAAAUCUGUGUGCUUUUAUUUCAGAAGAAGAUGCCCAGAUCUGUGUGCCCAUCGCUACCCAACGGCACCAUUUGUGGCAACAAAAGCCCGCCCUCUCCUUUUGCCAUCCAUGAGCAGUGAGCACACCAAAUCACAAUUAGUUAACCACUUAAUUAUCGUUCUAAUCACUUACAUAAUCAAGAUCUGGGCAUUCCAGACCACCAAUCCAAGCCCCACCAUUACGCCCCAAAUCCCAUUAUUAUUCUCUCCUCGCACCAGCACAGCGACGAGACGAGCUCAGCCAAGAAACGCGCGCCACUAGGCUGCUCUUCGCAACUUCGCUUUGCUUUGCUUGGAGUGUGGCAUCCGAGCUGACGAGCGGCAUGUCCACGGCGGACGCGUCCGGGAAUCCUCCGCCGCCGGCGGGACACGGCGGGUGCUGCAGCUCCGGCUCGACGCUGGAGCUGGUGGGCGCGUUCACGGCGGUGUGCCUGGUGCUGUACGGGGUGAUCCUGUACAUGAACUACCUGUACGUGCGGUGGAGCGGCCGCGACGGCGUGCACCGGACGGGCUCCGGCGCGGGGCUCCCGGUCGGGAAGAGGCCCGGCGGCGGGGGCAUCGACAAGGCAGCACUGGCGGCCAUGCCGGUGCUCAGGUUCAAGGCGGACGCGCACGGUGGCGAGGCGGCGGACUGCGCGGUGUGCCUGGGCGCCAUGCAGGACGGGGACGCGGUGCGCGCGCUGCCCGGGUGCGGCCACGCGUUCCACGUCGCCUGCGUCGACGUCUGGCUCUGCGCGCGCGCCACCUGCCCCGUCUGCCGCGCGCGCCCCGCGCUGCCGCCGCCGCAGCAGGCGCCCAAGGCCGGCGCCAAGGCGGCCGGGCCGGCCGGCCGUCAGCUCGACCUGGAGAGCCAGGUAUAGCACGCGCGCUCGCGCUGAUUUUGCUGUGUGCAAACUGCAAAGGUAGGUAGCUCUUGCGUUUUGUCCUCAGUCCGCUGUCUUCUUCUUCAGUUCUUGGGGAGAGUGAAUGGAUGAUUAGAUAGAUAGCAUCCGAGUACAUAAUUUUGGUGUUAAUCUCCUUCGACUGGGAUUGGCAAUGUUUGUGCUACUGCCAUGGCAUGUAUAAAUUCUACUUGUAACAUUCACUUGCUAUUGUGCAUUGGUGGCCAGUGAAAGCUUCUCUGAAAUCAGUUUGUACUGGAACCCUGUUCCUUUUUUCCUUAUCUGAAGAGUACCAAUGUCCAAUUACCACUCCA